GAGGUCCCUUCCAACCCGGCAUUCUGUGAUUCUGUGAAGAGAACAACCCCCUCUCCGCUCCCACCUCCUUUCAGGUGGCAGCGAUAGGAGUUCCCCGUGUCCCCGCCCGCUCCCAGGCUGCCCCGCGGCCAUGGCGCCGCUGGCCGAUCUGUACCAGCUGACCAUGGCGUACGGGCACUGGCGGGCCGGGCGGCACCGCGCUCCCGCCGCCGCGGAGCUGUUCUUCCGCCGCGGGCCCUUCCGCGGGGCCUUCGCGCUGGGCGCCGGCCUGGCCGAGGGGCUGCGCUGCCUCCGCGCCUUCCGCUUCUCUGCCGCUGAUGUCGCCUACCUGCGCUCCGUCCUGCCCAGCACCACGGAAGAUGCCUUCUUUGACUACCUGGCCACCCUGGACGCCUCGGAGGUGACAGUGACCGCCGUGCCCGAGGGCUCCGUCGUCUUCGCCAGGGUCCCAUUCCUGCAGGUGAAGGGGCCACUGCUGGUGGUGCAGCUGCUGGAGACCAUGUUGUUGUGUCUGGUCAACUACGCCAGCCUGGUGGCCACCAACGCUGCUCGCUUCCGCCUCCUCGCCGGUCCAGACGUGAAGCUGAUGGAGAUGGGGCUGCGUCGUGCUCAGGGACCGGACGGUGCCCUUUCGGCCUCCAAAUACUCCUACAUCGGCGGCUUUGACUGCACCAGCAACAUCCUGGCAGGGAAACUCUACGGCAUCCCAGUGCGCGGCACCAUCGCCCAUUCCUUCAUCAUGUCCUUCACCUCGCUGGAGGAGGUGCAGCCACGGGAACUGUCACCGCUGGCAGGAGGAGACCCGGUGGAUCUCCCAGCACUGGCGUCGUCGUGGCUGGGGCAGGUAUGCGAGGUGCUGGAGACCCCCCUGGAGAAGGCGAACCAGGGCGAACUGGCCGCAUUCGUGUCCUAUGCUGUCACCUUCCCACGGGACUUCCAGGGGCUGCUGGACACGUACUGUGUCAGGAGGAGCGGUUUGCCGAAUUUCUGCGCCGUGGCGUUGGCCCUGCACCAGCUGGGGUACCGGGCUAUCGGGGUGCGCCUGGACAGCGGUGACCUGGCCCAGCAAUCCAAGGAGAUCCGCCAGGUCCUGCGAGCCUGCGCUGAUCGCUUCCAGGUGCCCUGGUUUGGGACCAUCUCCAUCGCCGUGAGCAACGACAUCAGCGAGCAGAGCCUGGAGGAGUUCAGUCGGGAGGGGAGCGAGAUCGACAUGAUUGGCGUUGGGACGAACCUGGUGACGUGUCCCCUGCAGCCGUCGCUGGGUUGUGUCUACAAGCUGGUGGAGGUCAAUGGCUCUCCGUGCCUGAAGCUCACAGAAGAUGAGGAGAAGAUGACAAUCCCAGGGACCAAGAGGAUUUAUCGGCUCUAUGACGCUGCUGGUCACCCCUUCAUGGACCUCAUGGCCCUGGAGAAGGAGCCCUCACCCUAUGCGGGACAGGAGCUGGUGGUCCAUGUUCUGGGGCAGCUUGACGAGGCCAGAACGGUUGUGCCCACCACCGUGGAGUCCCUCCAUCGCACGUAUUUCAGAGACGGCCAGGUGUGUGAGCCGCUGCCCAGCCUGCUGGAGGUGAGGAACCACGCGCAGAUGUCCCUCAACCUGCUCAGCCCCGCUCACCGCCGGCUCCACGAGCCACAGCCCUACCCGGUGGCCAUCACAGAGCAGCUGCACCGUCUCCUCACUGAGCUGCAGCAGGACAGACGGUGAGCGGGGGUCCCGCUCUCCCCAACCCUGCACCAGCUCUACCUCCACACUCAUUUGAAGACCAGGUGUCUAAUUGGGAAUUAACGCUUCUAACGACAUUGGUGCUGCGUGGUGUUAAACUGAGAACCCUGCAGGGACUGGAAGCGCUUCCUGAGGUCCCAGUAGCAAAGCUGGGCAAGGAAGGAUGGGGCAGGUAGAGCUGGGAGGCAGCUGUCCCCAUGUCUUCUGGUACCCACAGUCCUUCUCUGCCCACCUUGGUGGCCUUGCACCUUCUGCCAUGGCAGUGCUGUCCACCCUGGUGGCCCCACACCUUCUGCCACACCAGUGCUGUCCAUGGUGGCGGCCCUACCGCCCUUGUGCCUUAUUCUGUGCCACCCUGGUGGCCAUGCCCAAAGCUCCUUGGUGGCAUUAGGGACCACACCUUGAGUGCACACAGUGUCCACCAUGGUGAGCUUUUUACGCCCCACCUAUGUCCUACGGGACAUCGGUAGCAGAUGCACUUUACCUGUCCUCGUCAAGGCUUUUUGGCCACAUUUUCUCUCUUUCUACAUUGUCUCUGUUUGCUGGGGCGUGGAGGACGACCAGGCUCACACCUGCACUCUCUAACCUCAUGUUCAUCAAGGCUCCAUGGCACUAAUCCCCAUAAUUCAUCAAAAGCAAAAGAAACCCCAAAUAAAGCUCUUUUCCCACCACA